UCACACCUCACUCCCACUUUUCAGUUUAGUCGAGCAACGCAUUUGAACGAGAAGUAAGCGAUGCCACAGGCCAAUCUUAAGUUGUCCCCACACGAUCAGCAGGUGCUGGAGUCCAUAUUCAAUCCGCUGGAGCUGUCUGGUAUCGCUGCCCACAAUGUUGACAUACCAGCCGAAGAGCUGCUUAAGGAUGAGGAGCAGCCAUCGGAUCACUUGCAGGCAUCCAUUGAGCUCGAGUUGCAAGCUGUACGUUUGACGGAACAGGGCGAAUUCGAUAAAGCCUUGUUGCAGUUCGACGAGGCAUUAAAGCUGACGGAGCGUGCCUCAAUCCUCAACAAUCGGGCUCAAGCACUGCGUUUGGCGAAACGCGAUCAAGAGGCACUCAGCGAUCUAAAUCGCGCACUUCAACUGGCCACUGAUAAACAAUUGCGCACCAAGUGCCACGCCCACUGUCAACGUGGGGUAUUGUAUAGAAAAUUGGAGAAUUUGGAUGCAGCGCGAACGGAUUUCGAGGCUGCUGCUCAGCUGGGAAGUAAAUUUGCCAAGGAGCAGCUGGUGGAAAUCAAUCCAAUUGCGGCACUCUGUAAUCAAAUGCUGCGGCAAGCGUUCGAUCAGCUAAAAUGACGGCUGGCUUUGAUUUAACAAAAACCGCGAACUGAGCUCGUUAACAUAAAUAAAAAUUAAUUAAGUCCAA